UUUCGGGGUUGUUAUUACAUAACUUUCUUUUUAUUAUUAUGAAAUAAACUAAUAACUUAAUUCAACUUAUUCAAAAAUAGUGAAAAUGUCUGAAGAUGGUCAAAAUAAACAUACAACAAUUCUUAGAAAAUAUCCAACAUAUCGAGAUGAUUUCGUCAAUGGUAGUUGGAAAUGGAUAGAAGGAAGGCAAAUGGAUGAUAAUGCCGAAGGGUUAUGGCGGGUUCAUGAUAAAUUGUACGAUUUAAAAAAAUUUGUAACUGCUCAUCCUGGUGGAAGUGAGUGGUUGACUCUCACUAAGGGCUUAGAUAUCACAGAAGCUUUUGAAGCAUAUCAUUUGACUGAAAAUGCUUCAAAUAUUUUACAAAAAUAUUUUGUGAAAGAUGCAGAGUUACCACGUAACUACAAAUUUACCUUUAAAGAUGAUGGUUUUUAUCGAACUUUGAAACGUCGUGCUACAAAAGUUUAUGAGAAUAUGGAUAAAAGCUCUUUAUGGAAAUCGAAGAUUAUUUCUGAUUUAAAUCUUUUUUUGUACUUUUUCGCAUCGCUAAUGUUUGUAAGAAUGAGAGGAAUUCAAAGCAUAAAAGUCAUCUUCGGUAUUCUAGCGCCUCUUAGUUGUGUAACUCUUAUGGGAACAUCUCAUAACUUCAUUCAUGUAAGAAAUAACUGGAGAAUGUAUUUAUCUGCCUUAAUCGGAGUAAAUAUGAGGGAAUGGAGAGUUUUUCAUGCAUUUCGAUGUUAUUGUUUGGUGGUGAUAGCACAAUAUCAAUUGUUCAUUCAUUGGAAUUGGAUAGAAAUUAUUGGAAGUCUCAUGUUUAGUUCGAUUUCAGUCAAUGCUGGUCACCAUGGGAAAACAAUUGUUCAUGAAGGGGAUGAAUUCAAAGAGCUUGAUUUUGGGAUUUAUCAAAUAAGUGCUGUGAUUGACAGAAAAGAAGCCAAUUCUAAUAUCUUCAUGUCUCUAACACAUUUUGGGAAUCAUCUCUUGCAUCAUAUGUUCCCAGGAUUGGAUCAUUCACUUCUUCCAGAAUUUCGGGCUGUUCUUUUCGAAACUAUGAAUGAUUUUAAGGAAGAAUUAAGGGAAUUCUCCUUACUUGAUGGAGUAAUAGCACAGUUCCAGCAGUUGGAAACAAGAUUUAUUAAUGAUUUGAAUAGUGAACAUAAUUAA